AGAUUUUCGUCAUCCUCUUCAGAAAGGUCUAUACACAUCUGUGUUCUUGAUCAUUAUCGUAAUCAAAAUUGCGAUUGAUAAGUUUCGGAGUGCAAUGUGGUCAUUUUUAUAUAUUUUUUUCAUCGUCUAGAUUCUAGAAUUUUUAAUUUUUUACUGUACAUUAUUUGAAUAAUUAUUCAUUCUUAUAUUACCCAUUCAUUACCCAUGUGUGGUCGAAACGUAGAAGAAUGACUGUAAAAAUUUUAAGUAAAAAUAAUCGUUCACAUGUUGUGAAGCAACAAUACCUGAAGGAAUUUCGCUUCAUUUCUGAUCUUUUAACGAACGUUGAUUUGCCUUGCCAAGAAGCAGAAUCUUCAGAUUCGGAAAAUGAAAAUAAUUCAAAGAGAGUUAAACUGGUUGGAACGGCAAAAGACAUUGAUCGUGCGAAGACGUUAGUUGAACUAAACGAGCGGUUAUCAGCGUUAAAAGAACAAAAAUACACGUACAAAGGUAAAAAACUGAAGAACAGAUUGCAAAGUAAACUGAAAAAAAAGAAGAAGGUAUAUGAAAAUAAAGUGAAAAGGAAUCCCGUUUCCUGCGAGCAAAAGGAUAUAAAAUCCGAAACUGUUGAUCGAAAGAAUGACCUGAAACCGCCCAAGCCAGUUUUCAAUAGCGAAGGAAAUGUGGUAUUUAGUAAAUUUGAUUUUCUCGGAGCAACUUCUAACGCGAAUGAAAGUGAAGCAUUAUCGAAACAAAGUAGUAAUAAGAAAUUAAUUUUGGAAAAACUGGAGAAAGAACAAGGUUAUAUCAAGAAAUUGGAAGAAAUGGGCGAAACAGAGAAAGCUGCAGAAAUUAAAGAAGAAAGGGUUUGGAAAAACGUGUUCAAUAAAGCAGAAGGUAUCAAAGUCAAAGAUGAUCCUUUAUUAUUGAAAAAAUCGUUAGCCAAGAAAAAGGCGCAGAAAAAAGCUAGCGAAAAAAAAUGGAAAGAACGAAUUUCUAAUGUAGAGAAACAGAAAGAAGAACGUCAAAAAAAGCGAUCAGAUAAUCUGACGAAGCGGAGACAAGAAAUGAAAAAGAAAAAAGUUAAGAAAGCUAUGAAAAAAGGACGGUUCAUUUCUAAUUCUUAAUUUUUUAUACGUAUUUUGUGUUUAACGAGGAAUAUACGAGUAUGUUUCUUAA